CGACGGAAAGACCACACAAAGCUGCCCGAGUAGUCCCGAUUUACGUGGAGAGAAAACACCGCCACUGGAGGCAGAACAGAAAUGGAAGAUUCCAGCUGUGAACUCUCUACUGGAAAACUGUCUGUUGAACAACCUGGAUAUGAGAUGGACUUUACUGAACACCCUGGGAAGGAGAGUGACAGCAGGGAGACCCAGACAACAGACAUGGGCCCGCAGCAGGAAACGUGUGAUGUGAACUUUCCCCGACCUGUCAACACGUCAACCUCACAGGUACAGGUGAGCAAUGGCAAUAAGGGAAGACAUGUGCAUAAACACACCGGUGAGAAACCAUACAUGUGUGGGAAGUGUGGGUACAGGACAGCUGAAAAGGAUCACUUAUCCCAACAUAUGAGAACCCAUCCAGCUGAAAGGCCCUACAAAUGUGACCAGUGUGACUAUUCUGCAACAAAGAAAUCCCACUUGGACAGUCAUCUAGUAAAGCACACUGGUGAGAAACCCUACACGUGUGAGGAGUGUGGGUACAGGGCAGCUAAAAAAUUUGACUUAACCCAACAUAUGAGGAUCCAUACAGGUGAAAGGCCCUACAAAUGUGACCAGUGUGACUAUUCUGCCAGAAGGAAAUCCCACUUGGACAAUCAUCUGGUAAAGCACACCGGUGAGAAACCCUACAUGUGUGGGGAAUGUGGGUACAGGGCAGCUCAAAAGUAUCACAUAUCCCGGCACAUGAGAACACAUACAGGAGAAAGGCCCUACAAAUGUGACCAGUGUGACUAUUCUGCAACAAAGAAAUCCCACUUGGACAUUCAUCUACUAAAACACACUGGAGAAAAACCCUACAAGUGUGACCAGUGUGACUUUUCUUCAGCACAGAAAUACAACUUGGAUUGUCAUCUAGUAAAGCACACUGGUGAGAAACCCUACAUGUGUGAGGAGUGUGGGUACAAAACAGCUAAAAAGUUUGACUUAACCCGACAUAUAAGGACCCAUACAGGUGAAAGGCCCUACAAAUGUGACCAGUGCGACUAUUCUGCAAUAAAGAAAUCCAACUUGGACAACCAUCUAGCAAAACACACUGGUGAAAAACCCUACACGUGUGAGGAGUGUGGAUACAGGACAGCUCAAAGGUCUGACUUAUCUGUACAUAUGAGAACUCACACAGUAGAGAGGACAUACAAGUGUGACCAGUGUGACUAUACUGCCUCGGUGAAAUCUAAUUUAGACCUACAUGUAGCCAAGCACACUGGUGAGAAACCCUACAUAUGUGAAGAGUGUGGAUACAGGGCAGCUCAAAAGUUCCACCUAUUACAACAUAUGAGAACACAUACAGGAGAAAAACCUUACAAGUGUGACCAGUGUGAUUAUUCUGCAGCACAGAAAUCCACAUUGGACAAACAUCUAGCAAAACACACUUGUGAGAAACCCUACAUGUGUGGGGAGUGUGGAUACAGGGCGACUCAAAAGUCUCACUUAUCCGUACAUAUGAGAACUCAUUCUGGAGAAAAACCUUACAAGUGUGACCAGUGUGACUAUUCUGCAGCACAGAAAUGCCAAUUGGACAACCAUAUAGCAAAACACACCGGUGAGAAACCUUACAUGUGUGGGGAGUGUGGGUAUAGAACAAAGCGAAAGACUCACCUAUCCCAACAUUUGAGAACCCAUACAGGAGAAAAACCCUACAAGUGUGACCAGUGUGACUAUUCUGCUACACACAAAUCAUCUUUGGACCAACAUCUAGCAAAUCACGCUGGUGAGAAACGCUACAUGUGUGAGAAAUGUGGCUACAGGACAGUUCGUAGUUCUGACUUAUCCCAACACAUGAAAACCCACACUGGAGAAAAACCUUAUAACUGUCGUUUCUGUAGCUACUCCGCAGCAAAAAAUCUCACCUGAUUGCACAUGCGAUACGACAUCAAAAAGAUAUUAAAUCUACAAGUGUGGCAAGUAUACAACCUACACAUUUGUCCUCUUGUAACGAGGAAGGCAAAAUGGAAGAAGAACCUCUCCAGGAGUGACCAUGUUAACUGUAUACUGUACUUGGGCCUAAUAACUACUCUGCAUGGUAGGUGGACGUGCCCAGGCAGGUCUGCAAAAAUUAUUUUUAUAGCAAAUGUGCCAUAGAAAACCCUGUGUAAACUCGCACCCCAUUAGAUAGGACCUAAAUAUCUAGGCAUAGAUGUACUGUUUUUAUGUUGAAUUUGACUGUAUAUUUAAAUAUUGUACUUUAAAUAGAAUAGAGGAGGAAUGCCAUAUUAUAAUAGAAAAUGAACUAAAUGUAUAGGUUUAACGUUUGUAUAAAACCGAUAUCCAUUCAUGUACUUAAGUUCUGUGGGAAAAUUAUACUCCUAAUAAUAAUAUGCAACUAGACAAACCUUCCAUCGAAAAACAUAUCUGUUCGUUUAUUUCUACAAUAGCUCAAAAGCGAGGAGAAUAUGAAUUUAUGUACCGAUAGUUAAUUUCACUUAGUAUGUGUUCAUCAUGUUUAUUGUGACCUGUAAUUAGCCCCGCGUGGCAAAAUGUGACCUCUAGUGCAACGUAGGCAGAUUUGCAGUGCAACGUAUGCAGAUCUACGUGUUGAUAAUUAAAAAAAUUUAAAAGAAUUUGUAAAUAUUGUAGUGCAAAGGCUGAGGAAGACGAAAUACAUUUUAUUUCAAAGUGUUCAUUCCAUAACAACGCUCGAAAUGAGUUGACUGUCCAGACUUCUACAAUACAUCCCAAUUUCUCUAAACUUACAGACAAAGAAAAAACUAUUCUUCUUUUAAC